GGGCACCGGGGGGAGGGGGAAAUAAGAAAAGGGAAAGAGAGGAAGUGGAGCUGGCCCGUACGGUGGCCGAAGAGGGACGCGCUGUGCCAGAGGCUGCAGGAUGAUGCGGUUCAUGCUGCUGUUCAGCCGGCAGGGGAAGCUGCGGCUGCAGAAAUGGUACCUGGCCAUGUCAGACAAGGAGAGGAAAAAGAUGGUUCGAGAGCUUAUGCAGGUCGUCCUGGCCAGAAAGCCCAAGAUGUGCAGCUUCUUGGAGUGGAGAGACCUCAAAGUUGUCUAUAAGAGAUAUGCCAGCCUCUACUUCUGCUGUGCCAUUGAGGGCCAAGAUAAUGAGCUCAUCACACUGGAACUGAUCCACCGAUAUGUGGAACUCCUGGACAAAUAUUUUGGCAGUGUAUGUGAACUUGACAUCAUCUUCAACUUUGAGAAGGCUUACUUCAUCUUGGAUGAAUUUCUAAUGGGUGGUGAUGUCCAGGAUACUUCUAAGAAAAGUGUGCUAAAGGCCAUAGAACAAGCAGAUCUACUACAGGAGGAAGAUGAGUCACCUCGAAGUGUCCUGGAGGAGAUGGGUUUGGCAUAGCUUCCCACCCCAAUGGGAGAUGCAAUGCAGGGUUGCCAUGCCUUGGCAGGCAUGGUUGGUUGCUUCAAAGUCCACACAUGUUCAGAUCCCCUUUCCCUGUGGAAUACCCUUCCUUUGCUCUCAGUUUUCUUUUGGAGAGAGCUGUGGGCUGGAAUCCUUCAAACAUUCCUUCUUUCUCUGACUUUUAUUACUUCCUGUUCUUCACUUUUUCCAGUUGAAGUUUGAGAAAUUUGAUGGGUAGAGAAGGAGUAUGAACAAGAAGAGAGGUGUAAUAAUGUCUCUCGGUCUCUCUUUCUCCCUCUUUCCCCCUCCCUCUUCUCCCCCCCCCCCAUUCUAAGAACUUUGUUCAGUUCUCCCAAAUCUUAUUCCAUUCUCACAUACACUGUAAAUAUAUAAAUAUGUCAGGUUAAAAGAAAAUUGUUUUCAGCCCUCCAGUUACCCAAAGAAAAAUAAGCAUAUCUCCAUUUCCUCCCCCUCCCUACUCCAAUCAGCCAGGCCUUUAUCUUUUCCUGGGAAAAGGAAUUGUUAGUAUAUUAAAGAGGGGUGUCUCCUUAUAUUUCAAACCCCUGACCCUUUUAGGGUGGGUUUGAACUGUAGGGAAGAGCAUAAGCUAAUUUUUUAAAUCUUAGGACUGAGGGAAGGGAUCCAGGAAGGCUUGGGCCUGUUGAGAACUUAGUGGAACCCCAAAAGGAGUUUAGGGGGAGGGAGGGGAAAAGGGUGUUUUAUCUGUCGCUGUUUUCUUUUUCUCCUGAAAUAAAAGGAAUAUCAUUUCUGGA